AUAAAUACCCCAAAACCAUAACUCAGCAUACCCUUCUUCACUAUCUCCUCACUCCUCUAGCAAACCACAACAAAAACAUAGAAGAUAACAAAGAAAACCCCAUUUCCCAAGGGAAUGGCGAUUAUAAACCGGAGCAAGCUGACACAAACGACUAUGAUAAAGCAAAUCUUGAAGAGGUGUUCAAGUUUGGGAAAGAAACAGAGCAGUGAGUAUAACGAUACACAUGAACAUGAUGGAGACUCUCUUCCUCUGGAUGUUCCCAAAGGUCACUUCGUGGUCUACGUAGGAGGGAAUCGGGUCAGGUACGUCUUACCCAUUUCGUUUUUGACCCGACCCGAGUUUCAGCUUCUUCUACAACAAGCUGAGGAAGAGUUUGGCUUCGAUCACAACAUGGGUCUCACUAUCCCUUGUGAGGAAGUAGCUUUCAAAUCUCUCAUCACCUCUAUGCUUCAGCCAACAUAUAUUUAGUGUUUUAUUCUUGAGGAUAAAGAUCUGUUUUAGGUAGCCUUUAAAAUUUUAGGUGAUUUUGGGGUACAAUGGGGGUAAGUGUUUCUAUUAGAACGAGACUAACUCUAGAGAUGCCUCUAAGAGUGAUCUAUAAAACCAGUUUGGUUAUAUUAAUUAUCUUAGAUUUGUAGGGAGGAAAAUAAGCAAAUACUCUGAUAAUUUUUCUCGUUGUGGUGGUGUGAUUAUCUGUACAACCCAUUGAGGGACUAUUAUAUAAUAUCAGUGAUGAAUGCUAUUUUUCUUCUUAUAAUUUGGUUUUGUCCAUUUUCUAUCAUAUAUAUUCUUGCAUAUAUGAUAUACUCCAUUCAAGGAGUUUAAUAUAA